UUUACUCAGUAUUUCUUCUUUUAAAAAAGAAUUUAUCAAAAAUAAUUUAUGCAUAUCAUAUCUUAUUAAGAAUCUAGUAUAAGCAAAACACGUCAUUUUUGGCUUUCGCUCCUUUCGGUUGAAUUGGUUUCACUCAAAUCACCAUUAUUUUCUUUUCGACGAUUCCCAAUUCCUUUUCUCAAUCGCCCAAUCCAAUCAUUGGAUUUUAAAGAAAAGAUCCGCCUUUUCUUUUCUUAGUCAGUUUUUCUUUUUUAUUAUUUUUUUCCCAGCUUUCUUCUCUCAAACUCGAUCCCAUUUUAAGGUUGUUCGUUGUUGAUGGUCAUCUAAAGCUCUCUGUUUCAUUUUCCAUCGGAGAUUGUUUCAAGAAACUGCAAUCUGUGAAAGAUGGUUGCCUUUGGAAAGAAGUUAAAGGAACGGCAAAUUCAAGAAUGGGGAGGAUAUUAUAUCAACUACAAAUUAAUGAAGAAGAAAGUGAAACAAUAUGCUCAACAAAUUGAAGUCGGAACACAAGAUCGCAGGCACGUUCUCAAGGAUUUCUCGAGAAUGCUAGAUAGUCAGAUAGAGAAGAUUGUUCUUUUUAUACUGGAACAACAAGGGCUACUUGCGAGUCGGAUUGCUAAGCUCAAUAAACAGCAAGAAGCUCUUCAGGAACAGGCAGAUAUUGCUCAAAUAUCUCGAUUACGAGAAGCUUAUAGAGCAGUAGGGCAAGAUUUGUUAAAGCUUCUCUUUUUUGUUGAAAUAAAUGCUAUUGGCCUACGUAAGAUACUGAAGAAGUUCGAUAAACGCUUUGGAUAUAGAUUCACUGAUUACUAUGUCAAAACUCGUGCUAAUCAUCCUUACUCUCUGUUGCAGCAAGUGUUCAAACAUGUGGGUCUUGGAGCUGUUAUUGGAGCCAUUUCUCGCAAUCUGCAUGAACUUCAGGAACAUCAGGGAAGCUACUUAUCGAUCUAUGAUCAGCCUGCUCUUCCCUUCCAGGAUCCUGUGGUUGAUUCACUAAAAGCAGCUGUAGACAGGCUUACACAUUCGACGAAUUUCCUCAACUUCUUGGCACAACAUGCGCUCAUUAUGCAGGAAGAGCUACCAGCUCCUACAGAGGAGCAUAUUGAUGAUCAGAAAUACCAUUUUAUGUCACUUCUCUUAAACUUAAUAAACACGUUCCUUUACAUGGUCAACACAUAUAUAAUUGUCCCCACAGCAGAUGAUUACUCCACAAUGCUUGGAGCAGCAGCAACAGUUUGUGGUGUUGUGAUUGGAGCAAUGGCUGUUGCUCAGGUGUUUUCUUCAGUGUACUUUAGUGCUUGGUCAAAUAAAUCGUACUUCAGACCUCUAGUAUUUAGCAGUAUUGUUCUUCUUGUGGGAAAUCUCAUGUAUGCAUUGGCGCUUGAUUGUCAGUCAAUAGCGCUCCUUUUGGUAGGCCGUCUAUUCUGUGGGUUUGGUUCUGCUAGAGCUGUUAAUCGGCGUUACAUCAGUGAUUGUGUGCCGCUAAGAAUUCGUAUGCAAGCAUCGGCGGGUUUUGUCAGUGCCAGCGCUCUUGGAAUGGCUUGUGGUCCUGCUCUUGCUGGCUUACUUCAAACACAUUUUAAAAUUUACAAGCUUACAUUUAAUCAAGUCACUUUGCCAGGGUGGGUUAUGGCUGUGGGAUGGCUUAUAUAUCUCAUAUUCUUAUCGUUUACAUUUAGAGAACCUUUGCAUGAGACUGAAAUGAGCAAUGAAGCACAGGAAUCUAAUAAUGUGACAGGACCAAGGGAAAAUGAUGCACUUGAGAAGGGUCUUAAACAACCUUUGCUGUUGAGUUCAGAAGCCAAGCAAGAGGACGAAAAUGAUGAUGGAGAAUGUGAUGCUAGUGAGGAAGCUCCUGAGGAAUCUCGGACACCUGCCACUUCAAUUGUCUCGGCGUACAGGCUACUUACACCCUCUGUAAAGGUUCAGUUGUUGAUAUAUUUCAUGCUAAAAUAUGCAAUGGAGAUUUUACUCUCAGAAUCUAGUGUCAUUACUGCAUACUACUUCAGCUGGUCAACAAGCGCAGUUGCUAUUUUUCUUGCAUGUCUAGGCCUAACGGUUCUUCCAGUAAAUAUUAUUGUUGGAAGCUAUAUUAGUAACAUGUUUGAAGACAGGCAAAUUUUAUUGGCAUCAGAAAUUGUGGUUUGUAUAGGAAUAGUCACGAGCUUCAAAAUCAUAAAUCCAUACACUAUUCCACAAUAUGUUUCCUCGGGGCUAAUAAUGUUUGUUGCUGCUGAAGUGCUUGAAGGUGUGAACUUGUCACUGCUCUCUCGAGUCAUGUCAUCCAGGCUUUCCCGUGGAACAUAUAAUGGUGGUUUACUCUCAACUGAAGCAGGGACGAUAGCUCGUGUAAUUGCAGAUGCCACAAUAACCCUAGCUGGCUACCUGGGCACGAAUAAACUCUUGAACGUGACCCUUCUUCCUUCGCUCUUCUUUUGCAUAGUCUCCAUUGUUUGCACCUGCUUUACCUACAAUUCCCUCUAUUGAUUUGUAUGUUGUUUCGAAUCAGUUAUUUGGUCUUCAAAUCCAAAUUUCAAUUUUGUUUCC